GCUAAAUGCGAACGAAUGGCUCGAUUUGCGGCGAUUUAUCAAUUUAUCGCUGUGGCAAAAGGAUUUUAUGGAUGUUUUUAUUUAAAGGAUUCACUAUUCGUAUACGGAGAAAUUGUGCGUAAUGCUCCUGGAGAUGUUCCUUUGAGUGACCAAAGCGCUUCAUUGUUAAUGAAUGACGAGGCAGGUACAGUCAUCAAACUGGACUUGAGUCGUCUACCGGAAGUUACUAUUUAUCCUGGACAGGUAAAAACUCUCGAACUCUCUUGCAUUUUUUCCUGCACCCUUGCCGCUGGCACCUUUGAAGAAGACUCUCAGAAUUUUCGUAUGUGGUGUGCCAGCGGUCCCUUUACUACUACAGACAACUGUUCCUACGAACCUCUCUGCGAUUUGCUUGAUAUGGUCGCUAAGGAGCAACCACAUGUGCUCAUACUGAUGGGUCCUUUAGUGGAAAGUAAGAAUGCAUUCAUGCAACGACCAGAGUUUCCAGAGACAUAUGAGAGCGUAAUGAAUCAACUUAUGAGGAACAUUGCAAAGUCUCUGGAAGGCUGCCGGACGGAAGUAAUAGUGCAACCCGCACCCUUCCGAGAUGCAUGCUGCCAACCUGUCUUUCCCACUCCGCCGUUUCUUUUCAGUUCGGAACGUCUUCACUGCGUUUCCGAUCCAUGUAUAGCUCGAUUGAAUGGGAUCGAGGUAGCGUUCACUAGCAGCGAGGUAGUCAUGCAUCUGUCUAAAACGGAAUGGCACUCGUCACCAGAACAAGAAAAUCGCGAUAGAAUCACUCGCCUCAACUCUCACAUACUAGAACAACGUUCAUUGUAUCCUCUUCUCCCUCCCGCAAUACCCAGUUCCAUAGAGGAGUUGAUGAAGAUUUGCAAUUUGCGAGCUGCUCCACACGUCAUUAUAAAUUCGUCGGUUCUCGCAGCCAGUAUAAAGGUAGGAAAUGGAUCCGAAUUUUCUACUUCAUUGGCACAAAACGCCUCAGAUUUGAGUGACUGUUCAAUGUUUGAAAUUGUGAAAUUAUAG